AUGUUCUUUGCCUUUCUUUUAAAUCAAGCGAAAAGCUAUAACCAAAUUCUUCUUAAAGAUCCAAAGAAACACCGAAGAGUUUUGCAUCCAAUUACUAAUGACAAUAUUCCAUUGGGUAUUAUUAAUCAAAAAGUUGAAAAUCUUGAAAGAGAUUACUCCACAGGUGAUCUAAAUUCAAUUGUUGAUCAAAUUUCUAACGAGUUCAAUCUUGAAAGGAAUAGAGUUCAGAAUUAUUUUAUUCUUUGCAAAUGGAGUUCAUAUUCCAAACAACUUUUUAACAGGAUUGAUUUUAAUGCGCAAGAAGAAGGCUAUAGAGUUGUAAUAUUGGCCGGAACUGUUAUCAAAAUUACCAAAACAAAUGGAGUUUUCACUGUAAAUUGUCGCAUGGCAAAAUCUUCCUGCAACCUUCAUAAUAACAAGAAAUUACAAGAAUUUAUUAAUUUUCAAAAGGAUUCUGUUGCAAUUCCUAUUCCAGCAUUAUAUGAAUUUGCUUAUAAACAUAAGAUGUUCUAUAAUAAACCAUGGGAACCACUUUCGCCGCAAGAGAUUACUAAUAUCUAUAACGAGUUGAAUAGCAAAAUUGAAGGACUCGUUAAUACUUAUAAAAACAUUUAA